AUGAUUUAAUUUCGUGAUACAUUAAAAAACACUUUAUAAAUAUCUCCUAAAUAAUCUCUUUACUUUCAUAUUGGAAAUUAAUUGUUGCCUGAAGGUUUAAUAAAUUGAAUGCUAUUCUUAGAUAUUAAAUUGGUAGAUAUUUACGAGAAAAAGAAGGAUCCUGAAGAUGGAUUCUUAUACAUAACUUACUCUGAUUUAGAGGUUUUUGGAUUCAUGUCAUAAAUGAAAUGA